CUCUUCCUGCGCGGUGGCGGGAGCGCGCAGUGGAGCUGACUCUGCAGAGAGGAGAAGAGGCGUCCGACCGCGCAUCACCGGGAGGAAAAUGUUUCUUCAAGCGCCUUUUAUGCAUACUUCCGUGGUCUUCAAAAGUAAUUCAAUAGGACCUACCAAAUCCGAGGAUACAGUGUUUUACAACCAUUAAAGUUAUUGUAAUAUAGACCUACUUUAACUUCCACAGUGUGCUUUUAGACGCUGGAACUGAAGUACAUCAGGUGGUGAAAAUGGCGUUGAGGCUCCUGCAGCUCGUGGCUCUGUGGACGACACUGGUUGGCACGGCGAGGGCUUGUCCAGAACUGUGUACGUGCGUGGAUAAAUUCGGGAACCUGCAGUUUGCGGAUUGUGCGUACAAAGACCUACUACUGGUACCGGUCGGACUGCCUCCCAACACGACCACCCUCAGCCUCUCCGCCAACAAGAUCAAACUGCUGAAGGCAAAAAGCUUUGUGAAUGUCACCCAGGUCACGUCCCUGUGGCUGGCCCAUAACGAGAUCGUCACCAUAGAGACCAACACCUUGGCCCCUCUGGUGCAGCUGCGUAACCUAGAUGUCAGCCAUAACAAAAUAGUCAACUUUCCAUGGGGUGAUCUGCAGAACCUCACAGGCCUGCAGCUCCUGAAGAUGAACAACAACGAGAUGACUCACCUGCCAAAGGACGCCUUCUCCACGCUCAAGGAGCUGCGGUCCCUGCGCAUCAACCACAACAAGCUCACCAGCAUCGUGGAGGACACCUUCAGCGGCCUCACCUCCAUGUCCCACCUCCAGAUCUUUGACAACCCCUUCACCUGCUCCUGUCGCCUGGAAUGGGUUAGAGACUGGCUGGCCAACACCAAGAUAUCCGUCCCCGACCAGAAACUGAUCUUGUGUGGGGCGCCUGAGGACCUGAAGGGGAUCAUGGUGUCCAAAAUGCCCAAACUGGACUGUAAGCCCCCCACCGCCGUCCUCAGCUACCAGCCCAACCUGGAGACCACUCAGAUCUACGAAGGCGUCAUGGUCGUCCUGAACUGUGAGGCCAAGGGGAACCCCAAACCUGAGGUCACCUGGGAGGUCAACGCUGGAAGCCCCAAGUUUGAGUUCACCAUCCCCUCUGCCGGGGAGGAGAGCGACCAGCCCAUCAAUGAACAAGCCACCAGGUCACGCUUCCACAUCUUUCAAAAUGGCACCCUUAUCAUCCCCAGUAUGAGCAAGAAAGAGGAUGGGAACUACAGCUGCUCAGCAGCCAACGAGCUAGGGAGGGCUGAAAGCAGCGUGAAGCUCGCUCUGACUGGCACACAAAAGCACACCAUGAACUCCGUCCUGGAGACGGCAGGGCCGAAAACCGCCACCGUGGCCAAGCCAUCACGCCCUAAAGAGUCCGGGAACAACGUGAUCAACUGGCCGAAAUCUGAAGGCAAGGCCCACGUUUCUCCAACGGGAACCUCAGGGAAACAUGGUGCAACGGACCAUGUGGUCGGCAACGGAAAGGAGCUGACGUUUGCCGGCAAGUGUGGAGUAAACGAUGGCAGUGAAUACAUCUCCAACCAUGCCUUCAACCUCAGCCUGGACGACCUCAAGCAGUAUACGUUUGAUUUUGGCGUUAUUGCCUUGGAGGUUUCAGAGACGGAGGCCAAAGUACAGCUCAACCCUCUUCAGCUGCCAAGCAGCAAGUCCAACCUACACCUCAGUCAAACGCAAAACCUGGAAACCGUCAAUAAAGAAAUAUUCAGCCUUUUCCAAACGGCAGCACAAAAGGCACCUCUCGACAUGUUGUACCUUUGUGUAAAAUCUGGCAACGGACACUCAAUGGUUCAAUGGUCCAAAAUAGAGGAGGGCGUUAAUGCCUAUCGUUUCCAUGGUUUGCAACCUGGUACCAAUUACACUCUCUGUCUCACCUAUGGAGGCCAGGACUGUCAAGUUCAAGUUGUCUUCACCACGAGGAAGAAAAUCCCAUCUCUGCUGAUUAUCGUGAUCGUCAGCACUUUCCUGUUGGCUUUGGCCACCGUUCCCUUGCUGGGAGCCACCUGCUGCCAUUUAUUAUACAAGUAUCAAGGGAAGACGUACAAGUUAAUCAUGAAGGCUCAGAAUCCAGAUCAGAUGGAGAAACAGAUAGCGGGGGACUUUGAUCCUCGGGCCUCUUUUGUGGAGUCCGAGAAAAACCUGGACCCCAGCGAGCUGGGAGAGGGAGAGGGAGAGGCGGACGGAGAAGACAUCGACGGAGAGGGGGAGCUUGAGGGAAGCGUGGCGGCCACGGAAUCCAUCCCUGGCUCCUCAUCCAAAACGAACCCGGAGGAGUUUGAGAUGGGCUCGGAGUACAGCGACAGACUGCCGCUCGGCGCCGAGGCGGUCAACAUCUCCGAGGAGAUCAACGGUAACUACAAGCAGCCGAGUCGCUGAACCCGUGUCCCGUCACUGGUGAAAUGUAAAACUAUCACUUUUAGAUAUCGCACAUUUAUGGAAGCCAAGUGUACCAUUACUUUACGUAAUAUCUAUCAAAGCCCUGGAAAGAUGGCUAUAGCCUUGUUUAAUUUACCUCAAAGUAGACCUACCGGAUAGGAGACGGGAUUCAUUGGUGUAACAUUCGUAAAUCAUGACAUAAGCACAUGUGUUAAUUACAAGACAUCAGAAAGGAAAAGGCACAGCCGCAUUGUGUUUUACAGACACAUUUCACGUGUUUUGUGGUCCGCCCGCCUCCACCUCAGCGCGCGCGUCGUCAGUGCGUCCUGGCGCGUCGUCAGUGCGCUCGUUGCGCGUCAGGCGCGGCUGCUGUCGGCUCCUUUGUUCUGUCCAAAAGGAAAACCAGUUAUAGUUCAGGCAUGUGAUGUUCUUAUUAAAUCCCAGGUAUUAUCCCGAAAAUGUUCAGUGUAACGUGCAGCUUUAAGAUGUUGACUUUAACCUCUUACUUAACCGGUGCUCCAACUAUUCUAUACAUUUGUACAUUAUUUCUAAACCCUGUGUCCUUUCUCUUGUGGCGACGUGUCAAUGGCAUGUUUCCAUGUGUGGUUUUAAUUAGUGUAGUCUAGGACUGUAGACCUGAUUGUCAAACCUGUGAUGUAAGCCAUUUGAACUGGAUUAUCUCUUUUUUACGACGGUGCCGUUUAUAUUGGUGAAGUAUCAGCAAAUAGGUGCGGCCGAGCAUCUGGAUUCACUGACAUGUGAUUUAAUGCAUUAGUGAGUUUUUGUGAAAUGUUGUAACAAAAAAAGUCCAUUGACCUUUUAAGAUUUUUGAUAUAAUUUUCUGUAGGUGGAAAUAAUAAAACAUGACAAAUUA